UCUCAACUCUUGCCAAUUGCUCGUUGGCUUGAAUCAACUGACCAAACCGUGAAAACGACGACAAUUUUACACUGGAAACACUGCGAUUGUGGCUGGACAAUCUUACACUUGGACACCGAUGACCUUUCGGCAGAGGAUUGUCAAAGAACAGGCGAGCUCUAUGUUACAUAUCGGAACUUUUUCUAUGUUCACUUUCAUUCUACGUUAUUUAUCACGGCUGUACAACGAAUAUUUCCAUGCGAGCCAGCCAAAAAGACAUACGUUCAAGAUUCAUCAGCCAUUCAUUGAUAUGAACACAACGUCAACAAUUUGAAAACAGUGAAAAGAGGGUUCGAAAAGCUCACUCGCA